CAAUUGACACCUAUAUUUAUCAAUUUGUUAAAAAAAAAAAGAAGAAAAAUCGAACAGGCGAAAGAAGAUAUGGCGACGGCAUCGGAGAACGCAAGAGGAGGUGAUAAAACGGCGAAAGCAGUCGUGGCGGAACAGAUAACGCAAGCUGUUAAUUCUACUGCUAACCUUCUCCAUCUGAUGCGUCAAUCGUCGCCUGCCCAGGCUCAAUUGGCAAAGCUCCCAAAAAAUCUUUUGGCCAAAGCUUCUUUAACUAAGGCAACUGGACAAGCUUUGGCGCAGCUUCCUCAAGUUAUUUCAUCUCUCGAUGCACAUAUAGAAAGCGGAUUGAACAGCGGAGUUCAUUUAAACACAGUAACUCAGUUACUUGAAAACAUGGAAAGCACGCAGCUUCGUGCUCUUCGACAAUCUAACAUGGACAACAAUCCAUCUCCAGAGCCGAGUUGAACAUUUCAGACAAAUGACAACCAGUGGUCUCCAAGAUAUGUACAUAUGUUCAGCUCCAAUAAAAUUCUUCAUGAGUUAUAUUCCAAUCUUUCCGUUCCCAGUUUUUUUUUUUUUUUUUGCCUUUAUGACUGCAAAUAUGUCCCAGUUUGGCUUUCUUGACGUGUCUUUCCACAAUAUAUAAGUUGUUUCGUAGUGUUUUAGAACGAGUCUUUUGUAAAUCACGCCUUCAGUUUUUG